UGGUGAGGGGUGGGGAGGAAGAAGAAGAGAAGAAGUGACUUAUGGGAUGCGAAGUAGCCGGGCGGCUGACAGACGCACGGAGGGGGGAAGAGCGGGUGACAUCCACAGGAACCAUCUGAAGGAAGAGCGGGAAAUAAAGAGGGGGUGUAAUAAAUUAACUGGUUAUACGGUUCAUUUGGGGCGCAACGUGCAGGUUUUGCACACCGCCAUCGGAUCCUGAGCGGAAGAAAAAGUUCAGAUCCCACGGAUCAGCGCGUGGGAGUGGGGAGCAGGAUCGAGCUCCGCUGCGUGUCUCGUCAUGGCAGGACCCGGAGGCGACAUGCAGUGGUGCUUCUCCCAGGUGAAGGGAGCCAUUGACGACGACGUAGCUGAAGCCGACAUCAUAUCGACGGUUGAGUUCAACCACACGGGGGAGCUCCUCGCCACCGGAGACAAGGGCGGCCGUGUCGUCAUCUUCCAGCAGGAAGUAGAAAACAAGAACCUGCCCCAGUUCAGGAGCGAGUACAACGUUUACAGCACCUUCCAGAGCCACGAGCCCGAGUUCGACUACUUGAAGAGUUUAGAAAUUGAGGAGAAAAUCAACAAGAUCCGCUGGCUUCCCCAGAAGAACGCCGCUCAGUUCCUGCUGUCCACCAACGAUAAAACUAUAAAAUUGUGGAAAAUAAGUGAAAGAGACAAGCGACCAGAAGGCUACAACCUGAAAGAGGAAGAUGGCCGAUACAGAGAUCCCAACACAAUCACGGCACUGCGGGUCCCGAUUUUAAUCCCCAUGGACCUGAUGGUGGAGGCCAGCCCUCGCCGGGUGUUCUCCAACGCUCACACCUACCACAUCAACUCCAUCUCCGUCAACAGCGACAACGAGACCUACCUGUCUGCAGACGAUCUGCGCAUCAACCUGUGGAACCUGGAGAUCACCGACCGCAGCUUCAACAUCGUUGACAUCAAGCCGGCCAACAUGGAGGAGCUGACCGAGGUGAUAACGGCGGCGGAGUUUCAUCCUCUCCAGUGCAACACCUUCGUCUACAGCAGCAGCAAAGGGACGAUCCGCCUCUGCGACAUGAGGGUGUCGGCUCUCUGCGACAAGCACUCCAAGCUGUUUGAGGAGCCAGAAAACCCCAGCAACCGCUCCUUCUUCUCAGAGAUCAUAUCGUCCAUCUCAGACGUCAAGUUCAGUCACAAUGGACGCUACAUGAUGACCAGAGACUAUUUAUCUGUGAAGAUCUGGGACCUGAACAUGGAAAACCGGCCGGUGGAGACGUACCAGGUUCAUGAGUACCUGAGGAGCAAGCUGUGCUCGCUCUACGAGAACGACUGCAUCUUCGACAAGUUCGAGUGCUGCUGGAACGGAAACGACAGCGUGGUGAUGACCGGCUCCUACAACAACUUCUUCCGGAUGUUUGAGCGCGGCCAGCGGCGGGACGCCACGCUGGAGGCGUCGCGGGAGAACAGCAAGCCGCUGCAGGUCCUCAAGCCGCGGAAGGUCUGCACCGGCGGCAAGCGCAAGAAGGACGAGAUCAGCGUGGACAGUUUGGACUUCAACAAGAAAAUCCUCCACACCGCCUGGCAUCCGCAGGACAACAUCAUCGCCGUGGCAACCACGAACAACCUCUACAUAUUCCAGGAUAAAGUGAACUAACGGAGACGGAGGGCGGGGUUAAGGGUUUAACCUGCAGGAUCAUCUGGAGGAGCUCCGUGACCCCUGUGUGACCUUUAUGUGGACGGGGGUCUCCAGUCGUCCGCUGCCUUGUUGUUAAAGUCGUGCCAAUGUUUUUCCUUUCGCCUGCCGACCCAACCUUUACAUCUCAUCCCGUCGUUUCUUCAAACUUUGACUAGACUUUUUUUUAUUUUAUAAACAGUCCCUCUGAUUGGUUCUCUGGUAGAAUUAAAACAACUUUUUUUUUCUUUUGUCUCCCAUGAUGUUGUGGUGUUUACAUUUCUCAAAGAAAUCACAUUUUUACUCAUUUCCUUCAUGAUUUUAAAAUCACAGGUUGUCCAUGUCUGAGCUACGAUGGAGAAUUGGGGUCAUAAUAAGAAAAAAAAGGAAAAUAAAGAAUUAAAUUACAAGAAUAAACUCAAACGAGAACAAAGCUGCACUAGUAUAAGAAUAUAGUCGUAAUAAUACGAGAAUUGUUGUAAUGUUAUGACUUUAUUCUUGUGUUUUUACAACUUGUAUUAUUUUGACUUUAUUUCUAUAUUUCAACUUUAUUUUAAUAAUAUGAAUUUAUUCUCGUAUUACAACUGUGUUCUCACAAAACCAUGACUUCAUUCUUGUAAUAUUGCGAGUUUAUUCUAGUCUUACUUCAACUUUAUUCUUUAUAUAUUAUGACUUAAUUGUAAUACGACCAUACUCAUGAUACUGUACUUUAUUCUGGUAUUUUUAUUUAUUUUUAUAUCUUAUUAGCGUGUCCCUAAUUCUCCGUCUUACUCUCCCAAACUCCAGAAGUUAUUCUUUUAUCUCCCUUCAAGAUGGCCGUCUUUCUGCAUCGGAUCCUCUUCCUCUUUUUUUAUUUUUAUUUCUCUGUGUGCUGCAGCAGUCGGGUCAUAAAGAAAGGCUUUACAAAGAUAAUGUCGUUAAUAUUAUGAUUGUCAUAUUUAUAUGAAAUACUGUUGAAAAUGCCGCCGGUUGUUUUCCGUCCCACUUUGUGAAACAAAGCUGGACUUUUAGCUUCUUUUUCAGAUCUUAAGUUUCACACUGGACUCUUUUUGUGCACCAAACUCAGUCCUCUGGAUGUCUGCGUUGUGACUGCGAUUUAAAAACCGUAAAAUUAUUUGAGGCACUGAAUAACUUAUUUUAACCACUGAAAACAUUACUGUCAUAAGGAUUUUUAUUUUAUUUUAUUUUAUUUUUUAGGACGGGGAUUCCUCCAGUAAUGUGGAAUUAUAAUUUUACUCUGAUGGUGGAAGGAAAGGGAAAAAUAAAGGAAUUAUUUUGCAUCG